CGUUCUCAACCUCAACGCGUCCUGAGUCUUCUGCCAAACCGCUCCACCCGGCAUCCACAACCACUCCCACAAGAUGGCACGACACAGCACAAAGUUCCAAGAAAAAGAGGAGCGACAAGCUAGGGAGGAUCCCUUCGUCAACGACGAGGAAGACAUGGAGGAUGAUGAUAGCCCGCCGACUAUCGAUCCUUACGAGGUGCUGGGUCUGGAGAACGAGGCUACUGCCGAUGAUGUCAAGAAGGCGUAUCGCAAGAUGGCGUUGAAGCAUCACCCGGACAAGGCGUCGGAAGACGAGAAGGAAGCCGCCCACAAGAGGUUUCAAGAGAUUGCCUUCGCCUACGCCGUACUCUCAGACGACCAUCGCCGCAAACGCUACGACCUCACCGGCAGCACCGCUGAAGUGCUCGAGGAUGACGACGAGUUCGACUGGCUCAAGUUCUACCGCCGGCAGUGGGAAGAUGUCGUCAAUGAGGAGUCCAUCAACAGGUUUGCGAAUGAGUACAAGGGCAGCGCCGAGGAGCGACGGGAUUUGCUGAACGCCUACACCAAGUGUAACGGACGGUUGGACGCCAUGUACGGGGCGGUGAUGUUGUCCGACAUCCUUGUGGACGACGACCGCUACCGACAGAUUCUCGACGAGGAGAUUGCGAAAGGCACGAUUGAGUCAUACGAAGCAUAUGAACGCGACAACAACGAUGCUGCGCGUGAAAAGGCGAAAGACUCCGAAAGGAGACGGAGGGAGGAGUGGGACAAGCGGCAAGCAAAGAAAGAAGCAGCUGGCCAAGCCAAUGGCAAGCCGAAGAGCAAGAAGAAGGACUCCGGUGGUAUGGGGGACCUAGCAGCGUUGAUUCAGCAGAGACAGAAGGCUCGUGCCGGCAACUUCUUCGAUCAUCUCGAAGCUAAGUAUGCACCGAAGUCCCGAGGUGCUAAGAGAGCUACACCAAUGGAAGAGCCACCAGAGGAGAUGUUCGAGGCCACAGCAGCUAGAAAGAAGCAGAAGGCAAACGGCCGUGCCAAGAAGGUGAAAGACGAGGACGAAAUUGAGGCCGAUCUUGCAGAGGACGAUAUCGGCGAGUCUGAGGAAGAGGAAGAGGAGGCCCCGCGCAAGUCUAAGAAACCUCGGCGCGGCGGAGCUCGAGGACGUCAAGCGCGCGCUAAAGCGAAGGCCUAGAAAUGUGGGAUCGCUCUGUUGACCGCACAUCUCUUUUAUUGCUAGGCAUAUUCGGGUUCAGUGGCGCUAAGGGUAGUGGCACUAAGGUGUGAAUCCUCCGGCGUCUUCCAUAAGCGUGGUGUCUCGGUACCUGGCCGCUCGAGGGCCACUCGGCAAUGGGUAUAAAUGGUUAAGCUCGGUCACAGAAGGUGGUAUCAUAACAAUUUCUCUCUUGAGUCAUUCUCAUACUCCACAUGGUGGCGAGGGUAGCGUUCUACUCCUCUGUUCCUCUCGGCCACGAAUUUCUGAAGAACUCAUCAUGUUUCGUGCCUCUCUUUCUCUUUUCUUUAAGUUCUGCGCGUGCCACCCAUGAUUGCCGUCAAGGGCGUAACAGC